GUUGUACGCUCACAGCAGUUUCGCGGGCGCAAGUGCCACCGUCAUCGUCACCGGGGCAAUUGUGCUCGAGGGAGCAUGGGCAUUGGCAAAGAAAAGAUGGAGACUCUCAAGCAGCACCGACAAUGAUCGUGCCGCCAGGCACGUGUACAAGGACUGGGCAAAGGCCAGGGCCCCGUUCAGCGCCAGCAACAGCGGGUUAUCUUCCGUCCGGUACGGGUGAGGCGAGCACGGGGCGGGUUCGACUCUAGCCCUUUCGAUCUUUCGGCCGUCCGCAAGGUACGGGCGAGCCACGACCGACGCCACUUCGCCCGGUGCCAGGCGGGCCGCCGUACACUGCCUGUGCCAGUUGCUAGCGGAGAUGUCGGCAAGGCAGCCGUUUAGCUCGCCGGCACCCAUGAUCGUCGUCUCCCUGACGGCCGAGAACUUUCGAGUCCCCCCCUCGCCGUACCUGCGUCCAUGCCAUUCCUCGCAGUUCCCGCCGUCUACUCCCCUCCCUGACUCGAUCCUCCUCAACAAGGGUAUCGACGGCUCGAUGAUGAGGCCGGGCCGUGCCACCGCCGCCCCCCUCAGCGUCCGGUGGCUUGAUAUUGAAUUGGAGGAGGAGGAGGAGGCCCGAAGGCGCGAGCGGGGCGCUAGGCUGGCGGAGGAGGAGGAGGAGGAGGUCCGCAGACGCGAGCUGGACGCCAUGUUGAGCGCUGGUGGCGGCGACGGCGGUACAGAGGGGGGCUCUUCGUGGGCGGUCCACCCAGAGGCUGCGGCGGUUGAGGGGGCCCCCCGCCGCUGGGAGAGCACCAGGGCGAGGCUGGCCCGGAAGGCCCGCGAAGCGGCUGCGGCGGCUGAAGCGGCUGCCGCCGCCACCACCGUCGACGAGGAGGAGGGUGCCACCGGCGGUGAGGAAGAGGAAGAGCAGGAGAGUGCCUCGUCGACGAUCCAGCCGGAGGCUACGGCGGAUUAGGGGGGCCAGAAAGCCCCCCGCCAGAAGAGCAAAGGGGCGAGGCUGGCCCGGGAGGCGAGAGAAGCGGCGGCCGCCUCGUCGUCCUCACAGUAGUGGGGCCGAUACGCGUUGUUACAUGAACGGACCCCGUUUGAUGGUAGACGUGUACAACUGUUUGAAAGCACGUGAGUGUCCUUUAUUGGGUGAUUUACCGCAACAUUUCGGGUUCACGGCGGAAGGGAGGUAGAUAGGGGGUAAGUAGUACUCAGGCGUGGGCGCGAGUGGUUUGCGUGGUCCUGAUGAAUUGCAGAAUACUUCUGCAGUAUGCAUCCGCUUGUUCAGAAUUUACAAGGAAGGGCCCUCUCGCUGGUAUCGCCGGCGGCAGAGGGAAGGGCCAACCAAUAUGCAUGUGUGAUUUAUCUACCUUUAAGAGUUGUAGCAAGCGUGUUUUUCUUGUGCCUCGUAUCUGGGUUCGACAGAUUGAUGCAAACGCGGUGUAAAAAUGGACAAUGACACAGGUUGUCGAAUACUGAGUGAUGAUGGAGUGUGGAAAGGUGCUUUCAAUGGGAUGAAGGCAAAGGUCGAGAAAACGUCCCCUGUGGUUCCACGAGGGCGUGUACUGCAUGGCGUGAGGGUGUAUGUAUGUAUGUUGACAGCAUUACAUCCACAGGUGUUGGUGUUGCUGUCGUCGGUGUAGGAGGCAUGUCAGCGGUUGGUGCUGGCCAAGGUGUGCGUUGGGUGCCGAGGUGAACAACAAUAUUUACACGGGUCUGAUAGAAAACGUCAAAUAUCUAAUGUGUUGAUGUUUCCCGGAUUUAAACAACCUGUGGCAGGUGUGUUUACACUUGUGUGCUCUUCUUGUUUUAUCGCAUGUCCGUCGUAGUGUACCCUUGGGCACGCUAUACGGUAGCAAUGUUGAUUUGUGUUUUCGACUGGCUUGGAUGUAUUUUACUUCAUGAAGCUUUGUUGUUGCGGACCAAUACCCGAGUCCGUUGUGAGUGUGCCCAAGAAGCGAACGUUGGACUAUUGGUCGUUUCUUGCACAGGUGAGAAUUUAGCCGGGGAACCACACCCUUGGGAGCGUGGAACGAACGGUGAACGUAUGCAAGGUAGAUAAGAGGUAGGUGCGUUUGUGUGUUGAGAGCGCCGUCCACUUUGUCGAUGUGAGUACUAUCGUGGGCACCCCUCGGGGAGAAUCGAUACCUGACAUACUUUCCGUUGUCGUUAAGGGUGGUUCUCAACGCUUCGGAAAAGUAGCGAAAUUUUCCACGCGACGGUGACAAGAAAACCCGGCGUUUUUUUACUUGUUCUAUUCGUAAUGUCAUGGCAAGAAGUACGUUUCCUU